AGAGUAAACAAGCCAACCAAAACUUUAUAUUAUAGUUAGGCAAAGAGCAACAGGACACAGCGAAUUGCGGAUUUUAUGCCAUAAUAAAUAAAUUGGCAUGGUUAUUACAUAUUACAAGCAGUUAUAUUACCGUUUGCGCGUUUAUUAUAAUGUUUCGCACGUUAACUGAGUUUAAUCGGUCAUCUGGCCACUGGCCCGAGCUCGUUUUCAAAAUGGAGAGUCGGCGUUCGUGUGUCAGCAGGUCGAGAUGAUAUCCGAGUUUACGGACCUAAACAGACAGCUUAAUAAUUUCCGUAUUACAUCUCUGAAGUUCCCCUACGCCGUAAUCGUUGUGCGUAGGGUGUACCAAUGAGUGCCAGUGUCUACAUCUCCGAUGACGAAGUCCGGAGGGAACUCUACAAGCAGGGAUACGCUGACCUGCCUGCCGAAUUGUUCCAGCAGUUCAAAAAAGACCUUCAAAAUUCCAUACGAGACGCGGUUAACAGGGGUGUGGGCGUCAACACUUCUACACCGCUUUUCAGCGGUGCACGCUCCCUCUCCGUGUCCAGCAGAGCUAACUGCAGCAGCAUUGACAGGAGUGAACCAAAGAGGACAACACAACUCCAGCCCCACGACAACUCUUCGACGUGUUACAGCACUCCAUGCGCCAGUCAAUCCGAGAUUAGCCAGAGCAAGACAAAGCAAGGCAGUGCAAUCCGAGCUUUGCCUAAUGACCCAGACCAUAGCGGCAGCAAGAGCAGCUGCUACUCAACACCUGCGGGUAAUGCAUCAAGAAACGAAGUCAGCACAACCUCAACGUCUUCGAGCGACAGCGUUCUCGGUGAACCUCGUGUAAUGCACCGGAAAGUGCUAAGGUGUCGUAAUGGUCACGCCUACAUAUCGGAGCAUUCCACAAUCAGUGCAGAUUCCUCAGAAAGUGUUGCAGGCUUGCAUCCAAGUUUCAAGGAGAACAGCAGCCUCUACCGUACGCUUCCAAGGACAGCUGUCAAGCCUCCUCCAGAGGCUGUCCAGGGACAACCAAUCCUCAAGGACACACUCCAGCCUCGGAGAGCAUCCAUAUUGUCUCUGCUGCAGUCUUCCGGCAACAAGGUGGAGUGGGAACGGGGCAGGGGCAAGUGCGACCCCGUGACCCGCUACCACGAAUAUAGGGCUGCCUGGGAGCACCACAGGGCGCCCGGAGAGAAGGCGCACAAGCAACUCCGCUGGAACGUCAGGGCACAGAUGAUGCGCAGGGACGACGUCGUCACCGAUUCCUGGAGGCCCCGAGUUGACAAGUAGACCACGAAUGCAAGAACACCACCAGAUUCACCUGUGUGGUGUAUUUUUAUUGUGUCACUAAAACUAAAUUGUAACCCACCA